AUUCAAGGUUAGGUUUGUCGAAUCAUAUGACAGUUCUUGUCAAUCUCAAACCUAGGUUAAGUUAAAUGUUUUAUUUACUCUAUUUAUUUCUUAUUUAUUGAAAUGUCCGAGAAAGACUACGCGCCCCUUAGCGCGGCAUGCGUGCGUGCGUUGCAUGAUAAAAUUUACGACAAAAGAAAAACGGCUGCUUUGGAGAUAGAAAAGAUGGUGAAGGAGUUUUCCAGUGCUAAUAAUUGCGGACAAAUAAAAAAGUUAUUAAAAGUUUUGGGGCAAGAUUUUGCUGUUUCCCAAAAUCCUCAUGCCAGGAAGGGUGGUCUUAUUGGAUUAGCUGCAAUAGCUAUUGCAUUAGGAAAAGAUACAGGUGCUUACACGGAUGAAUUAAUUAAGCCUAUUUUGGGAUGUUUAUCUGACCAAGAUUUAAGAGUUCGUUAUUAUGCUUGUGAGUCUCUUUAUAAUGUUGUUAAGGUGUCGAGAGGUGCAGUAUUAAGCCACUUUUCUGCAAUAUUUAAUGCUUUAAGUAAGAUAGCCACAGAUCCGGACCAAAAUGUUAAAAAUGCUUCAGAACUUUUGGACAGAUUAUUAAAGGACAUUGUUGUUGAAAGCAACUUUGAUCUAGAAGGUUUCAUACCUCUACUACGCGAAAGAAUAUACACAAGAAGCUCAUUUGCAAGACAAUUUGUAAUUUCAUGGAUUUCGGUAUUAAACACUGAACCUGAUUUGGAUUUAAUUGUUUAUUUACCCGACAUUCUCGACGGAUUAUUUAUAAUCCUCGACGAUCCAAACCUCGAAGUCAAAAAAAUGUGCGAAACCACUUUGGGCGAAUUUUUGAGAGGCAUCAAAAGUGACCCGUCAAGGGUUAAAUUUUCCGAAAUGAUUAACAUCCUGAACAAGCAUGCGCAGGAAAAAAGCGACUUAGUACAGUUUACUGCGAUAACUUGGAUCAAGGAGUUUGUGCAGCUGUCAGGACCAGCCAUGUUGCCAUAUAUGUCGGGAAUUUUCACCGCAAUUUUACCGUGUCUUGCCUACGACACUGACGCCAGGCGAAUGACAGACAUAAAGGAGACGGCAACAGCGGUGAAUUAUACAUUGUUGAAGUUGAUUGCGCUGCAACAGGAACUGGAGGAUGCCGAUGAAAUUAGAAAAUCUUCAGUGGAACCAUCUCAAGAGAAACUGGACCUACCUCCAGUAGUAGAUGUCCUCACUCAAUACUUAAUGCAUAGCUCCAUACAAACCAAAGUGGCUGUCUUAAAGUGGAUACACGAUCUCUACAUGAAAUUCCCAUCUCAAAUGGUUAAUCACAUCGAUCUUCUUUUCCCCGCUCUUCAACGAACGCUGGCGGACGAAGCCGAUCAAGUCGUGCAACAAUGUCUAGUGGUCAUAGCCGAAGUGAUCUCGUCACCGAUUGGCGAUGGAAAAACAAAUUCGACCGACAAAACAAGCACGUACUACAACAAGUUCGUCAUAAGCCUACUACAAUCUUUUAACAACGACAAAAGAUUGUUGGAUGAGAGAGGAUCGUUUAUAAUAAGGCAACUAUGUGUACUUUUAAAUGCAGAAGAAAUAUACAAAUCUCUUGCCAGUAUUUUAUUAAAAGAACCAAACUUAAAGUUUGUGCGACUCAUGGUGGAGCAUUUAAACAUGAUUUUAUUGACAUCAUCGGAAUUGUUUGAGAUGAGAAAUAAGUUGAAAGAAUUAAAGACAGAGGAGAGUAAGAGCCUUUUCUGUUGUUUAUAUUCAACAUGGUGUCAUAAUCCUAUAGCAACAGUAUCGUUGUGUCUGUUAAGUCAGAAUUAUGAACAUGUCUGCGAGCUCAUCAAAUUGUUCGGUAAUCUCGAGAUUACAGUGGAUUUUUUAAUGGAGAUAGACAAGCUGGUCCAGUUAAUCGAAUCGCCAAUAUUUGCUUAUUUAAGAUUAGAAUUACUUGAAGUACCUUGUGAUAAAAACCUUGUAAGAGCCUUAUAUGGACUGCUUAUGCUUCUACCUCAAACUGAAGCAUUUAAUACCUUAAAAAUAAGAUUAAGUUGCAUUCCAAGUUUACAUCUGACCACAGAAGAAAGUACUACUCCCCAUGCCAAAAAACAAUCUCUUAAAAACUUAAUAGAUUUCAAAACCCUAUUGGAGCACUUCAAGGAAGUGCAAGAAAAGCAUAAAGUUUACAAACAAGCUAUUCGAGCCAAAGAAAUUUUAAAUUUAUAAAAAGAUAUGAAUUAUUUUAAAAUGUAAAUAUUACCC